AUGUCUGCUCCAUCUCCGAUAACCCAGUAUAAAGAUCAAGAUUAUAAUGCGCUCAAGGCACAGUGCUUAGAAAGUGGGAAAUUAUUCGAAGAUCCAACAUUUCCUGCUAAUGAUUCCUCGUUAUAUUACGAUAAACGUGAAAGUCACGGAAUUGUUUGGCUGCGGCCUAAAGAGAUAACUGACGAUCCAAAACUUUACGUUGAUGGUGGAGACCGUCUCGACAUGCGUCAAGGUCGGCUAGGUGAUUGCUGGUUUGUUGCGUCGUUGUCGUCUUUGGCUACCGAAAAGAAUUUGCUAUACCGUGUUAUACCGAAUGAUCAGACCUUUGAUAAGGAUUAUGCAGGCAUUUUGCAUGUUCGAUUUUGGCGUAUGGGUCAGUGGGCUGAUAUAGUUAUUGAUGAUCGCCUUCCAUGUUUUGAGAAAUCGAAAAGGCCAUGUUACGUUCAUCCAAGUGAUAAACAUGAAUUUUGGGGUUGUUUCAUCGAGAAAGCUUAUGCAAAGGUUAAUAAUAGUUAUGAAGCUUUAGUAGGAGGCGUCAACUGGGAAGCUCUAGAAACUUUCACUGGCGGAAUUCAUGAAGACUAUCACAUGCCCAGUAUGCCCGCAGAUGGAUUUCAACGGAUUUUUAACGCACUGGCUCGUCAUUCUUUAUUAGGAUGCUUCGGGGUAACUCAGCUAAGAGUCAAGGGGCAUGUACUACCUAAUGGACUGGUUUGGGGCCAUGCCUAUAGCGUCGACAAGGCUGCGAAAAUCGAAGGCAAUGAUGAGGAAGUACCUUUAGUAAGGAUUCGAAAUCCUUGGGGUUGUGGAGAAUGGAAAGGAGCAUGGAGCGAUGGUUCAGCUGAGUGGGAUACCGUUAGCGAAGAGACGAAAAAAGCUAUAGGAAUGGCCGUCGCCAAUAAUGGUGAAUUUUGGAUGUCGUACGAAGAUUUCAUCUCCAAUUAUGUAACUUUAGAGAUCUGUAUGCUAAAGCCCGAUAUUGAAUAUAAGGAUGGAAACAAAAUGAAAUGGAAUUUUGUAGAAGUGGCAGGUGAGUGGAAAAAGGGCGUCAAUGCCGGUGGUUGCUGGAAUUUUCGCAAGACAUAUCACACUAAUCCACAAAUACGCUUUGAGAUUCCAGAGGAUGAUACCCCAGAAGGAACAUCAAUAUUCAUUGCAUUAAUGCAAAUGUUUACACGACCGUUUGCUGGAGAGCAUAAGAAAACUCAAUCGAUAUGUUUUACUAUCUACAGAGUGGAAGGCGAUCAAGUUGGUAAAAGGUUAGAUGAAAACUACCUUCUGCAUCAUCGAUUCAAUGCCAGGUGUAAAGCUUUCGGUAGAUCUGCGGAGAUUUCGAACCGAUUUACUUUCAAGAAAGGGCAUUAUGUCGUUAUUCCAGUAACCUACAAACCUGAUGAAGAGACUAAGUUUUGCUUACGAAUUUUUACAGAAAAACCUAUCAAUGUUACAAAGUAA